AAAACAAUUUCUUUUCUUUUUUUAUAGGGAAAUUUUUUCUUUUUUGAUAAAGAAAAUAAAAGUUGACAAGAAACCACCGCUUUUCAUCACCGUUAAUUUCUUAGCCGCCUGUUACUUAAUAAUUGCCGGCUACUUAUGAAAGGUUCCCAAGUAAGGAUCCAAGUCCCCUCCUCAAAAUUCCAGGCUUUCCCCCCUUCUUUUAUUCCCCCUUCUUUUACUCCAAAACCAAAGCCAAAAACUGGGAGUAACACCCCUAACUUCAGUUUCACUCCCAAGCGCAUCCCGGUUUCCUUUAUAAGGGUAAGUCUUCUAACUCUUACCUUAUUUCUAUACUCUCAGAAGUCUCAGCAACUCAGGAACUUCAGCUAUUUCUGCUAAGGAAUUUCCAUGGAGACCUUACCCCUUCACAGGCCAAAUUUGCCGACGUUUUUCUUGUUGUUUCUGUCCAUUUAUAUCUUUGCUUACCUUUUAAUCUUCCGCAACUGGGGUCCCAAACAUCGUUCUGAAGCUACAAGCUGCUUUAUGUCCUUGGCUCAUGGAACGCCUGCGGUUUUCAUGGCUGUUAAUGCGUUAAUAAACACCCCAUCCCCCCGUACUUUUGCUUCUCCAAACUCUGCUCUAGAUAACAUUGUACUUGAAUACAGUAUUUCGUACUUCUUGAUGGACCUUUUCCAUUAUUUAGUCUUUUACCCUAAUGAUAUUCUCUUCAUUCUCCACCAUUUAGCCACAUUGUAUGUGUUUUUCACAUGUCGUUACAUGGUUCAUCAUGGGGCAUUUGCCCUUCUCGUCCUGCUUGUUCUUGCUGAAGUCACAAGCCCUUGUCAGAACGUCUGGUCUCUUGCCGGUAUCCGAAGAGCUGAUGUACCUGCCGCUGCAAAAUUGUACGAGCUUUUGUCUCCUCUGUUUUAUGCUUUCUAUUCUGUUGUUAGGGGGAUUCUGGGGCCGUUCUUUGUGUAUAAGAUGGGGUUCUUCUAUCUAAGUGGGGUGGCUGACAAUUUGAUUCCAAGAUGGGCUUGGGCUUCUUGGUUGGUUGUGAUUAUCACAGCAAUCUUGCUUAGCAUAGUUUGGGUCUUUGAUCACUGGACUCACUGGUAUAAACGAAGAAACUAUAAAGCUGUGAAGAAAUCGGUCUAGAAUUUGUGGGUGCUUCCAAUUUUUUUUUGCUUGAUGUGGUUGGGAGUUGAAUCUUGGGAUUUGAAUCUCGAUUAUUUAAACUAAAAGUAGUCAGCAUUAUAUCAACUGUUCAUGCAAUACGAUUGUCGGAUGGAUGCUUCAGCCUUUGAUAGAGUAGAUACUCAGAUGAAGAUUAUAGGUGAUUGAAGGGGUACCUGACAAUGUAAAAAACUCAAAUCAGUGGCAAUGUGUACAGGAAUUUGAUGUACUUUCACCAUUAAGUUUACGAGUUAAUAUAAUCUAAAAUUUAGAAUCCUUCCUAU